UUUCACUGUUAAGUUCAGAUAAGGUUAAAGUUUCUCUCAGCCACCAUUUUAUAUAUACAGAAUGAAGCUUGGAGAGAAGAACUUACAGUUUUAUUUUCUGCUGGUGCUGCCGUACGCCCUCCUUUUUCCAGGACUGGAGACCAAUGCUCUAUCCUACGAUUACACAGCUAGUAUUCAGUGUUUGGAGAAUCCUCAAAAAGCACAAUAUGGAGGAGGAAUCAUCACAAACCCAGAGUUGAAUCAAGGGUUGAAAGGCUGGUCAACUUUUGGAGAUGCAAAAAUUCAACACAGAGUUGCAGGAUCUAACAGCUUCAUUGUGGCUCAUACCAGGUCUCAACCCCAUGAUAGUGUCUCCCAGACCCUGUACUUGCAAAGCAACAAGCUCUACACUUUCUCUGCCUGGAUACGAGUAAGUGAAGGAAAGACUCCUGUAAAGGCUAUUUUCAAAACAAAGUCUGGGUACAAAUAUGCUGGUGCUGUUGUGGCUGAGUCCAAUUGUUGGUCCAUGCUUAAAGGUGGUCUCACUGUUGAUGCAUCAGGUCCUGCAGAACUUUACUUUGAGACUGAUAACACAUCAGUUGAGAUUUGGAUUGAUAGCAUUUCACUCCAACCAUUCACUCAACAAGAAUGGAAAUCUCAUCAGGAUCAAAGCAUUAAGAAGCAGAUUAGAAAGAAGAAUGUGAGAAUUCAAGCAGUUGACAAGCUUGGGAAUCCUUUACCCAACACAACGGUCUCAAUAUCACCAAAGAAAAUUGGUUUCCCAUUUGGGUGUGCUAUAAAUAGAAACAUUCUGAAUAACAAUGCAUAUCAAAGUUGGUUUUCAUCUAGAUUUACAGUGACAACAUUCGAGAACGAAAUGAAGUGGGCGAGCACCGAACCAAGUCAAGGCCACGAGGACUACUCAACAGCCGAUGCCAUGGUUCAAUUCGCUAAGAAAAAUGGCAUAGCAAUCCGUGGACACAACGUGUUUUGGGAUGAUCCGAAGUAUCAAUCAGGAUGGGUGAGUUCACUCUCACCCAAUGAUCUUAAUGCUGCUGCAACAAAAAGAAUAAAUUCUGUGAUGAACAGAUAUAAAGGUCAAGUUAUUGGUUGGGAUGUGGUUAAUGAAAAUUUACACUUUUCUUUCUUCGAAAGCAAGCUUGGUGCAAAUGCUUCCGCUGUGUUUUAUGGCGAAGCUCAUAAGACUGAUCCAUCAACAACAUUGUUUAUGAAUGAAUAUAAUACUGUGGAGGAUAGUAGAGAUGGACAAGCAACACCGGCUAAGUAUCUCGAAAAGCUGAGGUCGAUCCAAUCAUUGCCUGGUAAUGGUAACAUGGGGAUUGGUCUCGAGUCUCAUUUCAGUAGUAGUCCUCCAAAUAUUCCAUACAUGAGAUCAGCCAUCGACACUCUCGCUGCCACUGGAUUACCUGUUUGGCUUACAGAAGUCGACGUUCAAAGUGGUGGAAACCAAGCGCAAAGCUUAGAACAGAUUCUAAGAGAGGCACAUUCGCAUCCGAAAGUGAGAGGGAUUGUAAUAUGGUCAGCGUGGUCACCAAACGGAUGUUAUCGUAUGUGUUUAACCGACAAUAACUUCCACAACUUACCAACCGGAGAUGUUGUCGAUAAGCUUUUGCGCGAAUGGGGCGGCGGCGCCACCGUUAAGGGCAAAACUGAUCAGAAUGGUUUCUUUCAGAGCUCACUCUUCCAUGGAGAUUAUGAGAUCAAAGUCCAGGUCAACCACCCAUCAAAGUUACCUUCUUCCUCAUCUCAUCAUACCUUCAAAUUGAAUUCAACAGAUGAUGAAUCCAAACAAACAAGAUUACUUCUCAUUAAAGUUUAAUUACUUAUUUCUAACGACCGUAAUUUUUGUUUUGCUAUAUGCUUUCAUUACAAGCUGUUCGCACAGACUGUACCUUGAAUCAGCUUUCGUUCAUUGAAUAAAACUAUUUUUUCAUCGAUAA